AUGGGAGAACAAAUAGAAGAGCAAAUGAACGAAGCCGAUAUGAAUAAUUCCGAAGCAACAUUUGAUAAUUUUACGAUUCUAAAAGAGUUUAGCAAUAUAGCUAAUCUCGUCAGAAAUGAAGAUUUUUUAGAAACAGUACCUAAGGCAAAAUUGAGAAGAGUGAAAUGGGUACCUAUGUUUAAUUGCUUAAAACAGGGUAUUCUUGAUGAGAUGGUGCAAGAAAUAAGUAGUAUGUGGGAAUUUGAAAAUAUGCCAGAGAAAUUGGAAAUUCUAGAAAAACAAAAGGAAAAAUUCUCAGAGAUAAAUACUGAAAAUAAAGUUUGGCGACCACAACAUAAUGAUGUUAAAAGUCAGCUGAGGGCUUCCGAUGUUGCAAAUUUAAGGAAACAGAAAACUUUGCUAGAGACUUUAGCUAAAGAAUAUGAAACAAGAGCUGCGAGACUAAAAAAAUCUGUGACGGCCAAAAGAGGCUACCUCAAAGCUUUACAAAUGGAUAUACAAAAAUACCAAAAGAAAAAUGAAGAAAUUGUCACAAACAUACAUAAUAAAAUAUCUAACCAUGGAAAGCUUGCUGAAAUAAUGCAUCCAAAUAUGAUUAGGGUCGAUGAAGUAAACUGGUCGGAGAAAGUAUCGGAAUGA